AACUACAACCUAAUUGUGCACCAAAGAAUCCAUACAGGAGAGAAGCCCUACAAGUGCAGUAAAUGUGGGAAAGCCUUCAGUGACGGGUCAGCUCUGACACAACACCAGAGAAUUCACACUGGGGAGAAACCUUAUGAGUGUCCAGAAUGUGGGAAAACCUUCAACCGAAAUUCGUCCCUGAUCCUCCAUCAGAGGACUCACACGGGGGAGAAGCCAUACCGAUGUAACGAGUGUGGGAAGCCUUUUACGGACAUCUCCCACCUCACCGUGCACCUCAGGAUCCACACUGGUGAGAAGCCCUAUGAAUGUAGCAAAUGUGGAAAGGCCUUCCGAGAUGGCUCGUACCUCACCCAGCACGAGAGGACUCACACUGGAGAGAAGCCCUUUGAGUGCACAGAGUGCGGGAAGUCCUUCAACCGCAAUUCCCACCUCAUCGUGCAUCAAAAGAUCCACUCCGGGGAGAAGCCCUUCGAGUGCAAAGAGUGCGAGAAGACUUUCAUCGAGAGCGCGUACCUCAUCUGGCACCAGAGGAUUCACACUGGCGAGAAGCCCUACGGCUGCGACCAGUGCCAGAAGCUGUUCAGGAACAUCGCUGGCCUCAUCCGGCAUCAGAGGACUCACACUGGCGAGAAGCCCUACGAGUGUAAUCAGUGCGGCCGGGCUUUCAGGGACAGCUCCUGUCUGACCAAGCACAGGAGGAUCCACACCAGGGAGACGCCAUACCAGUGCCCAGAGUGCGGCAAGUCCUUCAGGCAGAACUCUCACCUGGCGGUGCACCAGAGACUCCACAGCAGGGAGGGCCCCGGCCACUGUCCCCAAUGUGGGAAGACGUUCCGGAGGGGCUCCGCCCUCGUCCGACACCAGAGCUCACACCCCGGCGAGCAGCCCGUGGGCAUUUAGUGAACAUGGGCCAUGCUCUCUCCCAACUGGCUCUCAGACACUGGCUCCUCCCUGUCAGGGGAAAGCACUUCUCUGAGCCCUGCAGGGAAUCGACAGAUGUGAGACGUUCCUGAGCCACACUCUUCAGUCUUUAGGUUCGGGAACUCCUGAAGAGAAUACAGGGUGGUAAUAGACGUGGUGAAGGCGUCAUGGAUGACUCCACCUGUACCACAUGUGUACCACACGCAUGACAGUGCACACAUGUGACAGUGCACACACUGGAGUAAAGCCCGCGCUCCCCUGGAGGAGCCACCUGCCCGAACGUUGGAAUCCUGGAACCGCAAGGCUCCUCUCUAAUCGGGGUGAGGAGUCCUUGACAGGGAGUGUUUGCCUCACAGUCAGUAAGCAGACUCCUACUAGAGUCCAGUGAGGGAGACUUUUGGCUGGAGCCCUUACAUGCUUAUCUGUAUCAGCAAAAGCCUACACGCUACUGUACCCUGCAAUGACCACAGAGUUAAAGCAGAUCGCUGUUUGAAUGAAUUCCCAUGUUACUGUCUUGCGAGGUGCCAUCGACUAAUUUCAGCAGGGGCAGCUGGGUGAGGAAGUUGCUUGUGAACGAACAAUGAUGUUUCUUCUAAGAGGAGACUGAGUAGAUUCCUCCAAGAGGGAAGGGGCUGCUGCUGAGAAAUGCGAGGCAUUGCUUUAGUUGUUGAGCCAAGCAGACAGAAGACACUGAGUUGUCAUGUUUAUGUUGUCACCCCUCACUGUUCAUUUGGGAUCUGGGAUUUGUUUUGUGCAGCCGUGCCGAAUCAUAAUGAU